CUCGGCUCUGGAAAUUGAACUGGUGUCCUACCUCCGCCCAUCGAGGGGCCAUCAUCUGUCAACGGAUGCGUCGUUACCCUCAGCCGCUACCAUCACUCCCCCCUGAGCCGUACCACCCGUCACGAUGGCCACAAGCGCGCUUCUGACUCUGCCGACCGAGCUCCGCCUCCAUCUGUACGACUUCGUCGUCCCAGAGGUUCCUCUCAGCGUCCCCGCCUCGCAAUACACAGGGCUUCUAUACUCGUGUACACGCAUCCGCGACGAGCUGCAACCCGAGAUACUGAAGCACAUGACGGCCUUCCUGCUCGAAAUGCAAUCCCACCUGCGCACCAUCCUCGCGAACGAUUUCGAAUUCACCCUACCACAGUCCUACAGCGAGCUACAGACCCUCACCGUGACCCGCCCCUACAGGUUCAAGCCGUUCCGCGAUACAGACCCCUUCCUGCGGCUGACCUACCUCCACUUUAAGUCCAUCACGUUACGAUAUAGAGCUCCACCUAAGUCCAGCAACCCGGACUAUGCAGGCGGCCCUUCUCCGCACCGUGGCAAUAUGCGCCGACUCCUCUUUUACAUCGCCAAGUACGCUCAUUGGCCGGGAUCUUCGCCGUGCGCGAAGAGGAUAGUGUAUGAUUGGAGUAGGGAUCAGGAGCACGAUAAUACGAACUUUCCGUGGACUGAUUUGGGGUGGUUGGCGGAGACGGCGGGGUGGAGUAUGGAGCCUUGGAGGGAUGAGGAGGGGAAGAUAAUAGGGGCAGUGUUAGUGAGAGUGGAUGGCCCCGGGGAGGCAUAGGGGCUUGGGGCGCGAUUGAGCGCUUGGGGAUGCAUGUUGGCCGCGGUGCACCGCGCUGGUCCGCGACGGCUGUUAUAGCCUGCAGGCUGUGGAAAGCUGCUCCUAAAGGCCUUCAGCAAGUAAGACAUAGGAUAUGCUGGAUGUCGAUUGGUUCUUUCGAUCCGACUCAUUCCUAAUGUGUGCCACCACGUUCGUGGCUGAACGAAGAAAGCAAUUCCUCGCCUCUUUUUUAGAACCUCCUAAACCCCAGGUCCCAUGGCGCUGGUUCUAUCCCUAGUGAGCCGUAUCCACCAUCAAAUCGGUGCUCCCCUUCUCUGCUGAAGCAUCAGAAGUCACAAGACUGCGCCAGCAACUCCGCCAACUCUUCCAGCGCAGCCUGAUCAUCCAACGUAAACCCAUUCACCUCUGCACAAUCGACAUCAAUAAUAGCCACCAC